GUUCCGGGAUCCGGGUCGCGGGCUGCGCCGCCGCCUGGGGCGCGCCGGGCGCUGGCCGCAGCUGGCGGGCGCAUGUUGGGGCGUGCGGCGCGGAGACGCUGCCCGCGAGGGCUGCGGCGCGGCCGGGAGAUGCUGCUGGCGCUGUUGGCGUUGCUAGCACUGGCCGGGCUGGGCUCGGUGCUGCGGGCGCGGCGCGGGGCCGGGGCGGCCGAGCCCAGACUGCAGCGCUCCGGGCGGCGCGACCCGGUCCUGCCGCGGCCGCCGGUGCCCGAGGACGCUCUGGGCGCCCACGGCGAGGCAGUGCGGCUGCAGUUGCAGGGCGAGGAGCUGCGGCUGCAGGAGGAGAGCGUGCGGCUACACCAGAUCAACAUCUACCUCAGCGACCGCAUCUCGCUGCACCGCCGCCUGCCCGAGCGCUGGAACCCUCUGUGCAAAGAGAAGAAGUACAAUUAUGAUCAAUUGCCCACGACGUCUGUCGUCAUAGCAUUUUAUAAUGAAGCCUGGUCCACUCUCCUUCGGACAGUGUACAGUGUCCUCGAGACCUCCCCAGACACCCUGCUGGAAGAAGUCAUCCUUGUAGAUGACUACAGUGAUCGAGAGCACCUGAAGGAGCGCCUGGCCACGGAGCUGGCGGGGCUGCCCAAGGUCCGCCUGGUCCGCGCCAGCAAGAGGGAGGGCCUGGUGCGAGCUCGGCUGCUCGGGGCCUCCGUGGCCCAGGGCGACGUGCUGACCUUCCUGGACUGCCACUGCGAGUGCCACGAGGGCUGGCUGGAGCCGCUGCUGCAGAGGAUCCAUGAGAAGGAAUCUGCAGUGGUGUGCCCUGUGAUUGAUGUGAUUGACUGGAACACUUUCGAGUACCUGGGCAAUGCUGGGGAGCCCCAGAUCGGCGGUUUUGACUGGAGGCUGGUGUUCACGUGGCACACGGUCCCUGAAAAGGAGAGGCUCCGCAUGCGGUCCCCCAUCGAUGUCAUCAGAUCUCCAACGAUGGCUGGUGGGCUGUUUGCUGUGAGUAAGAAAUACUUUGAAUACCUGGGGUCUUAUGAUAUAGGAAUGGAAGUUUGGGGUGGAGAAAACCUCGAAUUCUCCUUUAGGAUCUGGCAGUGCGGGGGGACCCUGGAGAUACACCCGUGUUCGCACGUUGGCCACGUUUUCCCCAGGCAAGCUCCCUACUCCCGCAACAAGGCCCUGGCCAACAGUGUCCGCGCAGCUGAAGUGUGGAUGGAUGAAUUUAAAGAGCUCUACUACCAUCGCAAUCCCCAGGCCCGCCUGGAGCCCUUUGGAGACGUGACAGAGAGGAGACAGCUCCGUGCGAAGCUUGGGUGUAAGGACUUCAAGUGGUUCCUGAAUACCGUGUAUCCAGAGCUGCACGUGCCCGAGGACAGGCCUGGCUUCUUUGGGAUGCUCCGGAACAAAGGACUGAAAGGUUACUGCUUUGACUAUAACCCUCCCAACGAGCACGAGAUCACAGGACACCAGGUCAUUCUGUACGGCUGUCAUGGGAUGGGUCAGAACCAGUUUUUCGAAUACACAUCCCAGAAUGAAAUACGGUACAACACCCACCAGCCAGAAGGCUGCGUGGCGGUGGAGGCAGGAACAGACGUCCUCAUCAUGCAUCUGUGUGAGAACACCACCCCAGAGGACCAGAAGUUCAUCCUUCGGGAGGAUGGUUCUUUAUUUCAUGUACAGUCCAAGAAGUGUGUUCAGGCCGAGAGGAAGGACGUGAGUGACAGUUUUGUACCACUCUUACGAGACUGCACCAACUCGGAUCAUCAGAGAUGGUUCUUCCAGGAACACAUGGUGUGAAGUGUCACCGUACGACCGAGCCCAUCAGGGUAGACGGGGAAGCCGCUGGACUGUGUUUAACAGACACUUAGAAGCACAGAGACAGACCCACCACACGCUUGGCUGCUCUUCGUUUUAUAAGGAAAUCGUUUUGUGAUUCAUGAAACGAAUGUUGGCUUUAGUAAAAAUGUGAAUAACAACUCGUAUUGAUUUUGAAAACUAAAAUUGUUCCCAAAUACCCUGUUUUCAAAGGGUAGUCAUAAAAUGUUAACUCUUGGUACUUAGAGAAUUAAAAACUUUACCUAUUUUUCUAUCAAGAUGUAUUUUCUACUGUCAUGUCUUUUUAUUCCCCUUAGCAAAAAGGUAAAUGUUUUAUUUUGGUAUUUGAAAGGAUCCCCAGAUAUGAAGACGUCUGCUUGGAGAAUCGACUCAUGUAAUGUACUUUGCAUAAACUGACAAUACCUUAAACAUUGGGUUAGAUUUUUCUCAGUAUAGGUGUGUGGACACUGGGAAGAUACUGAUUCCUUCAGGUCCUUGAGAUAAUCUAGAUUUACUUAAUUAAGAAUGCUCCUUGGUUAUGUGUUGCUGCCGUGGUCAAAACUGCUGUCAAAGUUUAUGUUAGCCAAAGAGGACUAACCAAAGCUGAAAUUUCAAGGGAACAGUUUGACAUAGUGGGGUAAUAUAAACUUCCACCACACAGAGUGGGCUUCUGACAGUGCCUAACCGUGGUAUGGAUGGCGACUUUAGCAGCCACCAGGAUGACUUUAAAACAUGUUCAUAUCAUUUUCAAUUUUCAUUACACGUUAGUGUCAGGGAGAAAUUUAAUGCUCUUUGUGAAAUUCAGUUUUCAAAUUUGUUCAUUAAUAAUAAUUGGUCACUGAAAUCCAUAUUGGACUUUGUGCUGCAGCAACUGCCACAGUUUCUCUUCAUAAUUACGAUUUGUGAACAAUUCCAGAUCUAUUGAUAUUCUGAGAUCUUGUCAUCUUGAUGAAGUCAAGAGGAGUGAUUAAAAAAAAAAAGCAAGAGCAUUGCUAAACUUUGUUUUUGCAAUCAGUCAGAUGUGAGAGAUGAAGACACAUGUCUUCAACUGAUGAAAAAGCAUCAACUUUCAACUUUUGUCUCAGGCUCUUUUUUACAUGUUUCCCUCUGAGAGAUCCAGUUUAACAGUUACCCAGGAACAAAUCCAGCUGACCUGGCUUGGAUCAACCUGGUGCAUCUUAACCACUCUGAACUUCACUUCAUCUGUGAAAUGAGAAUAAUGAAAGCAAGCUUGUGGGGUAGUUGCAAGGACUAAGUAACAUAGAGCAGGCUGGGACUUAGCUUAGUCCCUGGCAUGCAGUACGAGCUUAUUAAAUUUCCAUUUUCAUAAAUGCACUUUAUAAAAUGUGAAGCACAAUAAAUAUCAAUAGGAGUUUAUUCAAAAAUAUUAAAUAAUUUAGUUGUCUUAUCUUUACAGGAUUAAGUAGCUCCUCCGCAGGCAGGAAUGCAGUAUGAACUCCUUCCAACACAGCUUACUUCUCCUGUGAAUGUAAUAUGCUGUGGGGCCAAAGCAUCCCUCCUCCAUUGGGGUAACUUAUGAAAUGGGAGAUGCCCUCCCAGCCUGCAGUGGAGGUGAGAUGUCUUGGCUUGCACCUUCUCCCCCGCUUCCUGCAGUGUCCGUCCCAGCUCCACUGAAGGGGAGCCGGCCCCUCCCAAGGUAUAGGAAGACAGUUCAGGCAGCCAGAAAAUGAAUGCCAGUCAAACGCAUCGUGAGUGCUGGGAGGCUACACAAGUAUUUUUGUGUGUGUUCACUGGGCACUGAUGGUAAUUAGCUUUGCUUGAAAAGUCAUCCCUCUUACUCUUGCCAGUGGCUUCUACUUGGUAAUUUUUAGGGUGGAAGAACUAAUAAAAAUAUUCAGGGUGUCAAGGAAACUAUUUUCACAGACCGGAAGACAGUUUUCAAUAUUUUUAGGGCGGUUGCCUUGUCUGGCGGAUGAGGAGUCUCGGCCUGGGUGGGUCUGCACCCGCCCCGCUGCAAGUGUGGGCCGGCCUCCAGUCCUGGUGUGUGGAGUCGGGUCCUGGGUCCAGCCCCAGGGGGGGUCGGUUGUUUCACCUGCCAGCACUGGUUUCCUCAUUUGCACAAUAGGGAUAACCAUGUCCUCUGUUAUGUUCUUAGUUAUAUUUUUAAGUUACAUUUUUAGUGGUUGCCCUAAGGGAUUACAUUAUGCUUCCUGGAUUUAUUGCAGUCUUCUUCACUCUUAAUAUUGUGUUAAUUCCCAUAAAAUUUAGCAAAUUUGUAGCAGUAUAGCCCCUAUCUCCUCCCUUGUGCUAUUAUGGACAUAUAUGUGAUAAACUCAGUAACAGAGUGGUUUGCCUAUUGUUUUAGUAAGACAAAAAAAGAAAAACUAUGUAUGUACAAAAUACAGUCUUUUAUGUUUACCCACGUGAUGUGCCGUACUCCAUGCUCUUCAUUUCUUCCUAUAAAUCUGAGUAACCUUCUGGGAUGAUUUUCUUUCAGUAUAAGGCCUCUCUUUGGAAUUUCAUCUAGGAUAGGUAUGUUAGCAAUAAAUUCUCUGUUGUUUAUUUGGGAAUGAUUUUAUUCUGAUUUCCAAUUUUGAAAGAUAGUUUACCUGGACACAGAAUGCUAGCCGACAGGUUUUUUUCUUUCAGCGCUAUGAAUUUGGGGUUACACCACUCUAAUGUCACCAUUGUUUUGGAUGAGAGCGCAUCCAUUAAUCAUUUUGCUAUCUGUAUGUGAUGAGUCGUUUUUCUCUUGCUGCUUUUAAGAUUUUCUGUUUGUCUUUCAACAGUUUAAGAUAUGUCUAAAUGUGGUUUGUAUUUAUUGUACUUAGAGUUCAUUGAGCUUGGAAUGUAAUUUAACAUUUUAAAAAAUAAAUUUGGGAAGUUUUUAGCCAUUA